AUGACCACCACCACGGAACGAAAAUCGGGCAUAGAAACACUGGCCAAGUUUUUAGCAUUACAUCCGAACGAGAAGGGAGAAGUUUGUCUUCCUCCGAAUAUAGGCUUCUUCUUUCAGAAUAGCAAAACACUCAACGAAACAAUCAAGGAAAAGGGUUGGACUUUGAAACGGUGCGAGGAGUACACUGAUACUUCUCCACUUUCCAUGAAGAAGGGAAUGAAUUAUGUGUUCAAUAGAAGUGAUUUUAUUGAGAGAUCAUCUGUAGUGGGAGAAGAGGAUCAAGCACUGGUCGCCUCAUCUCUAUCCACGAAUUCGCAGGAUAGUACUGCGAGCCGUAGCUCAAGGAAAAGUACAGCCAAGUCUCCGAAACCCUCUUCUGCAACAAAGAAGAGAAAGAAGAGUAGGGAAGACGAUUUUAUUGGUGAUGAAAACGAAGAAGAAUUUGUAAUUUCAGAAGAAGACGAAAACCUCAUCAUUGACGAGCAUGAUGAAAAUCAACCUAAAGUACACAGAACAAGAAGCAGAGUUAAACAACAACAACAAGCAUCGUCAAGUUUAUCGGCACAGUCAACCAAUGCUACAACUCCUUCAGCAAGCCAAACUACAUCCAAAAAAACAAUUCCAUCAGCAACAACAACAAGCAAAAACAAAACUAUUGAUAGCUUCUUCAAAACUGUGGAGAAGAAAUCUGAUACAGAAGACAACAGAGAAGAAGAGGACGCUAUGAUUCUCUCCGAUGAUGAAGAUCAACCCAAAGUCUUGAAAGAGGAGACAAAAAAAGCUGAGACCAAAAAACCAAGAAAAUUUCACAAACGUGGAGAAAUCAAUGUGGCUUCCACUUGUUCUCCGACCAAGAUAUCUAGUCAGCAAUCAUCCAAUUCUAUGAAUAUAGAGGACAUCUUUAAAAAUCUUGCGUCUGACAAACAAAGCUCUCGCUCUGUAUUUUCUUCGCCAACAAAAAUUUCCACAACCAAGAGAGUCGUGUCAAGAAAGUAA